UGGAAUUCAUCCCAAUUUUGGAAUUUUCCCCCCAGAUUUGCAAAGGGACCCCCCAACAUGAGGAGAUUUGCCUGGGGCUCUUCACCCUGGUCCUGACUGAGCCAGCCCAGGCACAGAAGUGCUACCGGGACCUGGCACUGGUGAGCCGGGAUGGGAUGAACAUCGUGCUCAACAAAAUAAAUCACAUCCUGAUGGAGAAAUACCUGAAACUGCAGGACACCUGCAGGACCCAGUUGCUGUGGCUGCUGCGGGAGUUGGUCAAGAGCGGAGUGCUGGGAGCUGACGGAGUCUGCAUGACCUUCAUGAAGCAGAUCGCGGGGCUGUUUUGGGGCACACUCAGGGCUGUUUUGGGGUUGAUUUUCAGGGAGUGGGUGCUGAAGAGCAGCCUGCUGGUGGCCAUGGCCGUGUACACGUACCUGCGGCUGAUCGUGGAUCACCACGGCACGGCCGCGCUGCAGGCGCUGCGCCAGAAAGAGGUGGAGUUCUGCAUCUCCCUGCUCCGGGAACGGUUCAUGGACUGUUUCAUGAUCGGCCGGGAUCUGGUGCGGCUGUUGCAGAACGUGGCGCGGAUCCCGGAGUUUGAGCAGCUCUGGAAGGACAUUCUGCACAACCCUCAGGUGCUCAGCUCCCAGUUCACAGGUGAUUUUCCAGGUGCGUUUUGGGCAGCAGAAGCGCUACCAGGAUUGGUUCCAGCGGCAGUGCGUUUCGGGCAGCAGAAGCGCUACCAGGAUUGGUUCCAGCGGCAGUACCUGUCCCCAUGGCGUCCCCAUGUCCCUGUCCCCAUGUCCCCAUGGUGUCCCCACAUGUCCCCACAUGUCCCCACGUGUCCCCAGGUGCGUUUUGGGCAGCAGAAGCGCUACCAGGAUUGGUUCCAGCGGCAGUACCUGUCCACCCCCGACAGCCAAUCGCUGCGCUGCGAUCUCAUCCGCUACAUCUGCGGCGUGGUGCACCCGUCCAAUGAGGUGCUGAGCUCCGACAUCCUGCCCCGCUGGGCCAUCAUCGGCUGGCUGCUGACCACCUGCACGUCCAACGUGGCCGCGUCCAACGCCAAACUGGCGCUGUUCUACGAUUGGCUGUUCUUCAACCCCGAAAAGGACAGCAUCAUCCCCAAUUUCUACCCCCCUCUCGAGGCUCACGUCCGCCAGGGCGUCUUCAACUCCCUCACGCACAUCGUGGAGAAGCGCGUGCUGGCGCACCUGGCCCCGCUCUUCGACAAUCCCAAACUGGACAAGGAGCUCCGGGCCAUGCUGAGGGAGAAAUUCCCGGAAUUCUGCAGCUCCCCCUCGCCCCCCAUGGAAGUGAAAAUGGAGGAGCCGGUUGCCAUGGAGAUGGAGAAUCACCUGGAGAAGGAUGACGGUUGCUAUGACAACGCCGAGGCCGCCUUCAGCGAUGAUGAGGAGGAGCUGAGCAGCAAAGGGAAGAAGAGGGAGUUCCGGUUCCACCCCAUCAAGGAAUCCAUCGUGGAGGAGCCCGUGGACAUCACCCCGUUCCUGGAGCAGCUGGACGAGUCCCUCAAGGACAAAGUGCUGCAGCUGCAGAAGGGCAGUGACACGGAGGCGCAGUGCGAGGUGAUGCAGGAGAUCGUGGAUCAGGUCCUGGAGGAGGAUUUUGACUCGGAGCAGCUCUCGGUGCUCGCCUCGUGCCUCCAGGAGCUCUUCAAGGCGCAUUUCCGCGGGGAGGUGCUGCCCGAGGAGAUCACCGACGAGUCCCUGGAGGAGUCCGUGGGGAAGCCCCUUUAUCUCAUAUUCCGGAACCUGUGCCAGAUGCAGGAGGACAACAGUGGUUUCUCUCUGCUGUUGGAUUUGCUGUCGGAGCUGUACCAGAAACAGCCCAAGAUCGGUUACCACCUGCUCUACUACCUGAGGGCCAGCAAGGCGGCGCUGGGCAGGAUGGCGCUGUACGAGUCCUUCGCCCAGGCCACGCAGCUCGGGGAGCUGCACACGUGCCUGAUGAUGGACAUGAAAGCGUGCCAGGAGGAUGAUGUGAGGCUGCUCUGCUUCCUGACACCGUCCAUUUACAGCGAGUUCCCGGAUGAGACCCUGCGGAGCGGAGAGCUGCUCAACAUGAUCGUGGCUGUCAUCGACUCCUUCCAGCUCCAGGAGCUCGUGUGCCACGUGAUGAUGGGGAACCUCGUCAUGUUCCGCAAGGACUCGGUGCUCAACAUCCUCAGUGAGGACAUCCCCGGGGUGACAUUCAUGGGGUGACAUUCAUGGGGACACGGGUGACAUGGGGACAUCCCGCUGGAGACCAUCAUCCCGAUCCUACAGCACCUCAAAUACAAGGAGCACCCUGAGGCCCUCUCGUGUCUCCUGCUGCAGCUGCGCAGGGAGAACCCUGACACCCCCUGUCCCCGCAGCCUGCGCAGCUCCAGCUCCAAGCUGGCCCAGCUGACCCUGGAGCAGAUCCUGGAGCACCUGGACAACCUCCGGCUCAACCUGACCAACACCAAACACAACUUUUUCAGCCAGACCCCGAUCCUGCAGGCGCUGCAGCACGUCCAGGCCAGCUGUGACG